AUGGCUACCAAAAAUAAGAAGCUGAGGAAAAAAUUUACUGCACGUAGAUCGGCACUGUCAUCACUUGAGACAGUUGAAGCAUUCAUCGAAAGCUACGAAGAAGAGCGCGAUUUCCAGCAAAUUCCCGUGUGGUUAGAUCUAAUCGAUCAGGUGUUUCGUGAAACUAUGAAGAUACAGUCGAAAAUCGAAAGACUGGAUAAUGGUGAUGCUCCGUUGGUGAAACACUUCCAAGAAAGAAGAAAUUUUGAAUCCAGAGAUACGUUCAAGUCAAUGGUUCACGAAGUGCCCGAAAUCCCGUUGGUAGCGAAAUUGCAAUUUCUGCUUCAAGCAUUGGAAGGUGAAGCACGUAAGCCAUAUGAAACCGUUGAUAUCGAGUCUUCCAAUUACAUCACCACAUGGGAGGCUCUCCUCAAACGGUAUGACAAUCAACGGUUCCUCAAAAAGCAACUGUUCAGGGGACUGCAUGAUCUAAACCCAGUCAGAAAAGAAUCCCCCCAAGAUAUUCAUUGUCUUGUUGACGACUUUCAACGUCAUGUCAAGGGUUUGGCUAAACUGGGCGAAGCAGUCGAAACGUGGGACACUCCGCUUAUAUGUUUGCUUUCCUAUAAGCUUGAUUCAGCAACCCUCAGAGCGUGGGAGGAACACGCAUCUAAGCUCGAAACAAUCACUUACAACACGUUUGUAGAGUUUCUUUAUCAGCAAGUUCGAAUUUUGCAAACGGUUUCGUCAGAAAUUCAGCAUCGCAGCCAAAUGACACCGGCCAAGGUGGCCGGGCCAAAUGCAUUAUUGGAAAGGUCUUUCCCAAGAACGGUAGCCCAUCCAGCAGUUUCUAAUUCCCGCUUAGACCCUCCAAAUUGCCAUUCAUGUUCGGAAAAACAUUUGCUAGUUCAGUGUCCAACAUUCCAGAACCUGACGGUUGGACAAAGGCGAGAACUAGUUUCCCAAAAACGACUUUGCUGGAACUGUUUCAAUUCGUCGCAUAUCGCUCGAAAUUGUGACUCAAAGUACAGGUGCCGUAAUUGUCACGAGCAACAUCAUACACUGCAAACCCAUCCGCUUCGUCCAAAGGGACAUCCAGCUUACCAUUGA